AUGUCGAAAAUGUCCAGCCAAGUCGAACCCACCAUCGUUACCGCCGUCGAGACUGCACCAGUAGCCUCAUCUUCUGCUGAGCUAUCACCCUCGGACAACUCCCCCAUUCUCAGACGCGGCUCUCGUCAGGCUCCCCCAGAGGGUCUAAACCUGAGUUCCAAGGACAAACUCGCACCCCCCACUGCCGCAAGACAAGACUUCCCUUCUCCCGGUGCUGCUCCUGAAGGCCAACGCAUCUUUGACGCCAACGCUGUCGCCGAAGACAGGGGUGUUGAGACCGUACCAGGAGGUUGGGCCGAGGGUGUUCAACAACAAGAUCAAGUCGCCGAAGAGUACGAAAAGCAGGAUGAUGUCUCACAAAAAUCCUCUCCCAGCUUGAAGCAAAAGGUCAAGGAUCUGCUUCAUCGCGAGUAG